CAUCAGAUCCAUUCUGACUUAUGGCGACCUUUUCUGGGUUUACUAGGUGAGAAGGAUGAGUGCAUAUGCUGACAUCUGUGCAUCCAAGCAAGCACAACAGGGGGCCACCGAGAGUGGUUACCACCAGCGUUAUGGAGUUCGCUCUUACCUGCACCAGUUCUAUGAAGACUGCACAACAUCCAUUUGGGAGUAUGAUGACGAUUUUCAGAUUCAGAGAUCACCCAGCAGGUGGAGCUCUGUAUUCUGGAAGGUCGGACUCAUCUCCGGGACAGUGUUUAUGCUGACAGGGAUAAUAGUUCUUAUAGUAGGUUUUCUUGUAUCUCCCAAAAUUGAAGCCCUCCGAGUAGAAGAUUUUGUGGUGGUGGAUACACAUGCUGUUCAGUUUAAUAGAGCCCUUGACGUAUGUAAGUUGGCAGGUGCAACAUUAUUUUGUAUUGGAGGGACCAUGAUGGCAGCCUGUUUGCUUAUGUCAGCAUUUGCUAAAAGCUACUCCAAAGAAGAAAAGUAUUUGCAACAAAAAUUUAAAGAGAGAAUAGCAGAUAUGAAAGCCCAUGCACACCCAGUCACGAGAGCCCCAGCACCUGGAGAAUCAAAGAUCCCUAUGACGUUGUCCAAAGUACAAAAUGUCCAACCUUUAUCUGAAACCUGAUUUUUUUAAAAAAUUACUCAUCUUGUAACCUUGAAAGGGUUGGCUUCGGCUAACGUAUGAAUCUGUGCUCACUAUGUAGCACUGCUGCAUUCUUACACUAAAAAAGAAAGGGAGCAGAAUGAAGAAAAAUCUGGUAAGAGCAUCAAAGUGGCAAAAAGGCAAAGGUUUAGCCAUUGCUGGUCUGGAUAAAUCAUUAACGUAUGAGUUGCCUGUCUGUCUGUCUGUCUUGUAUUUUAAAGGUGCAUUGGACAUUUGACCCAUAAGAUCCUGCAAAAUGCAAUUCUGAACUCUCUUUACACCUUGCUUUAUUGUCACACAUUGGCCAGUGUACUGGUGCAUGCUGCUUGAUUGCUCCCAUUUGACUCCUAUAAGUGAUAGGGGCCAAGCUGUCUCCUUCCUGGCUGUGUUUUGUUUAGUGUGUUGUGCAGUCCAAGAUCUCUUGACUUGUGUCAUCUCUCCUCCAAGACACUGCCAUCAAUGUUCAUUCUUAGCUUAUGACUCUGGCUUGUGGGGAAGAG